UAUGCGAGGAGCUAAACAGUGAUUAAAGAAGCAGGAUGAAAAGAUGGCACAAUCAGUGCUGGUACCGCCAGGACCUGACAGCUUCCGCUUCUUUACCAGGGAAUCCCUUGCUGCUAUUGAACAACGCUUUGCAGAAGAGAAAGCCAAGAGACCCAAACAGGAACGCAAGGACGAAGAUGACGAAAAUGGCCCAAAGCCAAACAGUGACUUGGAAGCAGGAAAAUCCCUUCCUUUUAUUUAUGGAGACAUUCCUCCAGAGAUGGUGUCAGAGCCCCUGGAGGACCUGGACCCCUACUAUAUCAAUAAGAAAACCUUUAUAGUGUUGAAUAAAGGGAAAGCAAUCUCCCGGUUCAGUGCCACCUCCGCCCUGUACAUCCUAACUCCCUUCAACCCCAUUAGAAAAUUAGCUAUUAAGAUUUUGGUACAUUCUUUAUUCAAUGUGCUCAUCAUGUGCACGAUUCUUACCAACUGUGUAUUUAUGACCAUGAGUAAUCCUCCAGACUGGACAAAGAAUGUGGAGUAUACUUUCACAGGAAUUUAUACUUUUGAAUCACUUAUUAAAAUACUCGCAAGGGGCUUUUGUCUAGAAGAUUUCACAUUUCUACGGGACCCCUGGAACUGGUUGGACUUCACAGUUAUUACUUUUGCAUAUGUGACAGAGUUUGUGGACCUGGGCAAUGUCUCAGCGUUGAGAACGUUCAGAGUUCUCCGGGCAUUGAAAACCAUUUCAGUCAUUCCAGGCCUGAAGACCAUCGUGGGGGCCCUGAUCCAGUCGGUGAAGAAGCUGUCUGACGUCAUGAUCCUCACGGUGUUCUGUCUCAGUGUCUUUGCGCUAAUCGGGCUGCAGCUCUUCAUGGGCAACCUGAGGAAUAAAUGCUUGCAGUGGCCCCCCGAAAAUUCUACCUUUGAAAUGAAUAUCACUUCCUUCUUUAAUAAUUCAUUGGACUGGAAUGGUACUGCCUUCAAUAGAACAGGGAACAUGUUUAACUGGGAUGAAUACAUUGAAGAUAAAAGUCACUUUUAUUUUCUGGAAGGGCAGAACGAUGCUCUGCUUUGUGGGAACAGCUCCGACGCAGGCCAGUGUCCUGAAGGGUACAUCUGUGUGAAGGCUGGGAGAAACCCCAACUACGGCUACACGAGCUUUGACACAUUUAGCUGGGCCUUCUUGUCAUUAUUUCGUCUCAUGACUCAAGACUUCUGGGAAAACCUUUAUCAACUGACCCUGCGAGCUGCUGGGAAAACAUACAUGAUAUUUUUUGUGCUGGUCAUUUUCCUGGGCUCAUUCUACCUGAUAAACUUGAUCCUGGCUGUGGUGGCCAUGGCCUACGAGGAGCAGAAUCAGGCCACCUUGGAGGAGGCUGAGCAGAAAGAGGCGGAGUUUCAGCAGAUGUUGGAGCAGCUGAAGAAGCAGCAGGAGGAGGCGCAGGCUGCGGCCGCAGCCGCAUCUGCAGAAUCCAGGGACUUCAGCGGAGCAGGUGGGAUAGGUGUGUUCUCGGAGAGUUCUUCAGUAGCCUCAAAGUUGAGUUCCAAGAGUGAAAAGGAGCUGAAAAACAGAAGAAAGAAAAAGAAACAGAAGGAGCAGGCUGGGGAAGAAGAGAAGGAAGAUGCGGUGCGGAAAUCUGCAUCUGAGGACAGCAUACGGAAGAAAGGCUUCCGGUUUUCACUAGAAGGAAGCAGGCUGACCUAUGAGAAGAGGUUUUCCUCUCCACACCAGUCUCUGCUGAGCAUCCGAGGCUCCCUUUUCUCUCCGCGACGCAACAGUAGAGCCAGCCUUUUCAGCUUCAAAGGUCGAGUGAAGGACGUGGGGUCUGAAAAUGACUUCGCCGAUGAUGAACACAGCACGUUUGAGGACAACGACAGCAGAAGAGACUCUCUGUUUGUGCCGCACAGACACGGAGAAAGGCGGCCCAGCAAUGUCAGCCAGGCCAGCCGGGCCUCCCGCGGAAUACCCACUCUGCCCAUGAACGGAAAGAUGCAUAGCGCGGUGGAUUGCAACGGUGUGGUCUCUCUGGUCGGAGGCCCCUCUGCUCUCACGUCUCCUGUAGGGCAGCUACUGCCAGAGGGCACAACUACGGAAACAGAGAUAAGAAAGAGGAGGUCCAGUUCUUACCAUGUUUCCAUGGACUUGUUGGAAGACCCUACAUCAAGGCAAAGAGCAAUGAGUAUGGCCAGCAUUUUGACCAACACAAUGGAAGAACUUGAAGAAUCCAGACAGAAAUGCCCACCCUGCUGGUAUAAAUUUGCUAACAUGUGCCUGAUUUGGGACUGUUGUAAGCCAUGGCUAAAGGUAAAACACCUUGUCAAUCUGGUAGUGAUGGACCCAUUUGUUGACCUGGCCAUCACCAUCUGCAUUGUGUUAAAUACACUCUUCAUGGCCAUGGAGCACUACCCCAUGACGGAGCAGUUCAGCAGUGUGCUGUCUGUGGGGAAUUUGGUCUUCACUGGGAUCUUCACAGCAGAAAUGUUUCUCAAGAUAAUUGCUAUGGAUCCAUAUUAUUACUUCCAAGAAGGCUGGAAUAUCUUUGAUGGAUUUAUUGUGAGCCUUAGUUUAAUGGAACUCGGUCUGGCCAACGUGGAAGGAUUGUCAGUUCUCCGAUCAUUCCGGCUGCUUAGAGUCUUCAAGCUGGCAAAAUCCUGGCCCACACUGAAUAUGCUCAUCAAGAUCAUUGGCAACUCGGUGGGCGCCCUGGGCAACCUGACCCUGGUGUUGGCCAUCAUUGUCUUCAUCUUCGCCGUGGUCGGCAUGCAGCUGUUUGGAAAGAGCUACAAGGAGUGCGUCUGCAAGAUUUCCAACGAUUGUGAGCUUCCACGCUGGCACAUGCACGACUUCUUCCACUCCUUCCUGAUCGUGUUCCGCGUGCUGUGUGGAGAGUGGAUAGAGACCAUGUGGGACUGCAUGGAGGUCGCGGGCCAGACCAUGUGUCUCACUGUCUUCAUGAUGGUCAUGGUGAUUGGCAACCUCGUCGUUCUGAACCUCUUCUUGGCCUUGCUCCUCAGCUCCUUCAGCUCUGACAACCUUGCAGCCACAGAUGAUGACAAUGAGAUGAACAACCUCCAGAUAGCCGUGGGCAGGAUGCAAAGGGGAAUCGACUUUGUUAAAAGGAAGAUCCGCGAAUUCAUCGAGAAGGCCUUCGUGAGAAAGCAGAAGGCUUUGGAUGAAAUCAAACCCCUUGAAGAUCUGAACAAUAAGAAAGACAGCUGUAUCUCCAACCACACGACCAUAGAAAUAGGCAAAGACCUCAAUUACCUCAAAGAUGGAAACGGGACAACCAGUGGCAUAGGCAGCAGCGUGGAGAAGUAUGUGGUAGACGAGAGUGACUACAUGUCAUUCAUAAACAACCCCAGUCUCACGGUGACUGUGCCCAUUGCCGUCGGAGAGUCUGACUUUGAAAAUUUAAAUACAGAAGAAUUCAGCAGCGAAUCAGAUAUGGAGGAAAGCAAGGAGAAAUUGAACGCAACUAGUUCAUCCGAAGGCAGUACAGUGGAUAUAGGUGCUCCGGCAGAGGGAGAACAACCCGAAGCAGAACCAGAAGAAUCCCUCGAACCAGAAGCCUGCUUCACAGAGGACUGUGUGAGAAAGUUCAAGUGUUGUCAGAUAAGCAUAGAAGAAGGCAAAGGCAAGCUCUGGUGGAACUUGAGGAAAACGUGCUACAAGAUAGUGGAACACAACUGGUUUGAAACCUUCAUCGUCUUCAUGAUUCUGCUCAGCAGCGGUGCUCUGGCCUUUGAAGACAUAUAUAUCGAGCAGCGAAAGACCAUCAAGACCAUGCUGGAGUAUGCUGACAAGGUCUUCACUUACAUCUUCAUCCUGGAGAUGCUUCUCAAGUGGGUGGCCUAUGGUUUCCAGAUGUAUUUCACCAAUGCCUGGUGCUGGCUGGACUUCCUGAUUGUUGAUGUCUCAUUGGUUAGCUUAACUGCAAAUGCCUUGGGUUAUUCAGAACUCGGUGCCAUCAAAUCCCUCAGAACAUUAAGAGCUCUCAGGCCACUCAGAGCCUUGUCUCGUUUUGAAGGAAUGAGGGUUGUUGUAAAUGCUCUUCUGGGUGCCAUCCCAUCCAUAAUGAACGUGCUUCUGGUCUGCCUGAUCUUUUGGCUAAUAUUCAGCAUCAUGGGAGUGAAUCUCUUUGCUGGCAAGUUCUAUCACUGCAUCAACUACACCACUGGGGACAUGUUCGACGUGAGUGUGGUCAACAACUUCAGUGAGUGCCAAGCUCUCAUAGAGAGCAACCAGACAGCCAGGUGGAAGAACGUGAAAGUCAACUUCGAUAACGUGGGACUUGGCUAUCUUUCUCUGCUUCAAGUGGCCACAUUUAAAGGAUGGAUGGACAUCAUGUAUGCAGCUGUUGACUCAAGAAAUGUAGAGUUGCAACCCAAAUACGAAGACAAUCUGUACAUGUACCUUUAUUUUGUCAUCUUCAUUAUCUUCGGUUCGUUCUUCACACUGAAUCUGUUCAUUGGUGUCAUCAUAGAUAACUUCAACCAACAGAAGAAGAAGUUUGGAGGUCAGGACAUCUUUAUGACAGAAGAACAGAAGAAGUAUUACAAUGCGAUGAAGAAGCUGGGAUCCAAGAAACCGCAGAAGCCUAUCCCUCGACCUGCUAACAAAUUUCAAGGGAUGGUCUUUGACUUUGUAACCAAACAAGUCUUUGACAUCAGCAUCAUGAUCCUCAUCUGCCUCAACAUGGUCACCAUGAUGGUGGAGACGGACGACCAGAGUCAGGAGAUGACCAACAUCCUCUACUGGAUCAACCUGGUGUUCAUCGUGUUGUUCACGGGCGAGUGCGUGCUGAAGCUCAUCUCCCUCCGCUAUUACUACUUCACCAUUGGGUGGAAUAUUUUUGAUUUUGUGGUGGUCAUUCUCUCCAUCGUAGGAAUGUUUCUGGCAGAGCUGAUAGAGAAGUACUUUGUGUCCCCUACCCUGUUCCGAGUCAUCCGCUUGGCCAGGAUCGGCCGAAUCCUACGCCUGAUCAAAGGCGCCAAGGGCAUCCGCACGCUGCUCUUCGCUCUGAUGAUGUCCCUUCCUGCGCUGUUCAACAUCGGCCUCCUGCUUUUCCUGGUCAUGUUCAUCUACGCCAUCUUUGGGAUGUCCAACUUUGCCUACGUUAAGAGGGAAGUUGGGAUUGACGACAUGUUCAACUUUGAGACUUUCGGCAACAGCAUGAUCUGCUUGUUUCAAAUCACCACGUCGGCAGGCUGGGAUGGGCUGCUGGCACCUAUAUUAAAUAGCGGACCUCCCGACUGUGACCCUGAAAAAGAUCACCCUGGAAGCUCGGUGAAGGGGGAUUGUGGGAACCCAUCUGUGGGGAUCUUCUUUUUUGUCAGCUACAUCAUCAUAUCCUUCCUGGUGGUGGUGAACAUGUACAUCGCUGUCAUCCUGGAGAACUUCAGCGUCGCCACAGAAGAAAGCGCAGAGCCCCUGAGUGAGGACGACUUUGAGAUGUUCUAUGAGGUCUGGGAGAAGUUCGACCCCGACGCCACUCAGUUCAUAGAGUUCUGCAAGCUCUCCGACUUUGCGGCUGCCCUGGAUCCUCCCCUUCUCAUCGCAAAGCCAAACAAAGUCCAGCUCAUCGCCAUGGACCUGCCUAUGGUGAGCGGAGACCGCAUCCACUGCCUGGACAUCCUAUUUGCUUUUACAAAGCGUGUUUUGGGAGAGAGUGGAGAGAUGGAUGCCCUUCGAGUCCAGAUGGAAGAGCGGUUCAUGGCUUCCAACCCCUCCAAGGUCUCCUAUGAACCGAUCACCACCACUCUGAAACGCAAACAAGAGGAGGUCUCUGCUUUCGUCAUCCAGAGAGCGUACAGGCGGUACCUCCUGAAACAGAAAGUUAAGAAAGUGUCAUCUAUAUAUAAAAAAGACAAGGGCAAAGAAGGUGAAGGAACGCCGAUCAAAGAAGACAUCGUCAUUGAUAAACUAAAUGAGAAUUCGACUCCAGAGAAAACUGAUGUGACGCCUUCUACCACUUCUCCGCCUUCCUAUGACAGCGUGACCAAACCCGAGAAGGAGAAAUUUGAAAAGGACAAAUCGGAAAAGGAGGACAAAGGGAAAGAUAUCAGGGAAAGUAAGAAGUAAAAUAGAUAAGUAAAUAACAAAAUUAAAAUUGUAAAAAAUAGAAAACACAAGAAAAUUCCAUUUUGUGACCAACUGUUUACAGCCUGCAUUGGUGAUGUAUCCGUGACUCCCUUAGGAGGUCUAUGCCAAACUGACUGUCUUUACAAGUGUACACUUAAGGUCAGUGCCUAUAACAAGACAGGACCUGGGGUCAGCAAGCCGGGACUCACUACUACACCAGACAAACAGCACCGACAGGAGGCCUCUGUUCUCACAACCAACUGUCACAGCAGAGCGGAGAGCAAUGGCUACUCAGACAAGAGAAACAACGGAAAUGGGGAGGGAAGUGAAAUUUUUAUGUAAAUUUAACACGUGACACUUGAUAGCAGUAACUGUCACCACUGUUUGUGUUUUAACUGCCACACCUGCCAUAUUUCUACAAAAUGUGUGCUGUGAAUUGAUCACCUUCUUUUUUUUUUUUUAAAUUCACGGGUUGUUUACUCUUAUAUGUGACUAUUUUUGUAAAGGGGUUUAUGUUUGGGGAGAGGGAUUAAGGCGGGGAGUCUACAUUUCUCUAUGUAUAACGAGAUCUAUUUUCAAUGACGGCAUGCUGCAGUGCUCAUUCACACGUGAACAUACCCCAUCACGCACGGAAAGAGUUGACUUCUUAGUUCAGGAUGUUUUUAGAUUUUUGAGGUGCUUCAAUAGCUAUCCAUAUUUUUAAGGUGUUUCAUCCAGGAGAAUUUUAACGUGCCUGUAAAUGUUCCAUAGAGUCACAACCAUCAAAGAGUUGUUUUAUUUUUACAUAACUCAUUAUAUGUACAUGUAUAUAUGUAUAUAUGUAUAUGGCCGUGUAUAUACAUAUACAUGUAUACACACAUGCAUACACAUGCACACAGAGACCAUCACAUGCUCAGAGUCCUGGCAGCAUGACUGUAACAUUUUUUGAUAAGU